AUCGUUGAUGGAGCCUUAUCUCCUCCCGACGUGGCUACAUCCCCGCGCGUGGGUGUAGACACUCCCUAGAAGGAUUCGAAAAUAUCGUACGUUUCGCACCCGUCCUUUUAAUGGUUUCAAAAUUGGCGCCAUUACCAGCAGUCCGUGCUUGGCGGAGGCGGGCGGCCACCGAAGAUAGGCCAGCAACCUCCGCCCACACGGCUCCGUUGUGUUAAAGUGAACUAGUGUCGCGCGCCGUCUCUGUGCUUGACCGAAGCCGCCGCCGGCGCUUGCUUGGUAUCGUGCUCGCUGUGCUUCUCGAUUUCGUCCGGCAUGGUGGUCCGGCAUGGACGGACCUUCUUCGGUACGCUGGACGGUGCGCUCCUUCAGUCCUCGCGAGACACCGUCGGCGCUUCCAUGAGAAGAUCGCAGGUGCAGCCGGGAGACGGGGUCGUGGUGCCGGGCCGGGGAUAGGUCCUCCCCGGUGCCAUGCGGAGGCACCGGCAGCUGGUCCUGCUCUCCCUGGCCCUGGCCGUGCUCUCGGUGCCAGCCCUGCUCCUGCUCUACCUCGACUCCAAGGACCAAGGAGAAGACAGUGUACUGGGACUGACCAAGAGGGAAGCUCUGUUGGCCGAAAGACUCCGGGAAGUGGAGCAGCAGAACCAGCUACUCAGGAAGCAGCUCAGCCUGUCCCAGCAGCAGCAGCCGACGCACUUCCAGCAGACCCGUCGCAACGCGUCAGAGCCCGCGCAGUCCGGCCCCUGCCCGGCGGCCGCGCCCGGGGUCCGGGCUGGCCUUGGGGGGGCGGACGCCCUGCCCGAGGUGCCCAAGUGCGAGGUGCUGCAGGUGGCCAUUGUGUGCGCGGGCUACAAUGCCUCCCGCUCGGUGGUGACGCUCGUCAAGAGCGUGCUCUUCUACCGCAAGAACCCGCUUCACUUCCACUUCGUCUCGGACGCCGUGGCCCACCUGGUGCUCCAGACGCUCUUCCGCACCUGGAACGUGCCUGCCGUGGAGGUGAGCUUCUACCUGGCGGACAACCUGCAGGGGGAGGUGUCCUGGAUCCCCAACAAGCACUACUCGGGCGUCUACGGCCUCAUGAAGCUGGUGCUGCCCAGGGCACUGCCGGACGACCUCGACAAGGUGAUAGUUCUGGACACGGACAUCACCUUUGCGUCGGACAUUGCCGAGCUCUGGCGAAUCUUCCACCGGUUCACCGCCAAGCAGGCCAUUGGCCUGGUGGAGAACCAGAGUGACUGGUACCUGGGGAAGCUGUGGAAGAACCACCGGCCCUGGCCUGCUCUGGGGCGUGGCUUCAACACGGGAGUGAUCCUGCUCCAGCUUCAGAAGCUGCGUGAGCGGAACUGGAUGCAGAUGUGGAGGCUGAUCGCCGAGAAGGAGCUCAUCAGCAUGUGGUUCACGUCCCUCGCCGACCAGGACAUCUUCAAUGCAAUGCUGAAGCAGCACACCGACCUGCUGUACCGACUUCCCUGCCAGUGGAACGUGCAGCUUGGAGACAACACAUUGAGCGAGCUGUGCUACUCGGAGGUGCAGGAGCUGAAGAUCAUCCACUGGAACUCACCCAAGAAGCUGAAGGUGAAGAACAAGCACGUGGAGUUCUUCCGCAACCUGUACCUGACCUUCCUCGAGUACGACGGCAACCUGCUGCGCCGGGAGCUCAUUGGCUGCAACGGCUCCGCCUCCUCCUCGGCCGGAGCUCACGCCUCACACCUGCAGGACGCCCUGAACCUGCUGGAUGAGGACGACCCCUGCUACGACUUCAGGCGAGCAAGGGUUGCCCAGCACCGGACGCACCUCUACUACAUCGAGUACGACUACGAGCCGUCUCCAGAGGGCAACGACGUGACGCUGGUUGCCCAGCUGUCCAUGGACCGGCUCCAGAUGGUGGAAGCGCUCUGCAAACACUGGGAGGGUCCCAUCAGCCUGGCACUGUACAUGUCGGAUUCUGAAGUGCAGCAGUUCCUGAGCUACACCCUGAGCUCGGAGAUCCUGCAGAGCCGCAAGAACGUCGGCUACCACAUCGUCUACAAGGACGGGACGUUCUACCCGGUGAACCUGCUGCGCAACGUGGCCCUGCAGCAGGUGAACACGCCCUUCGUCUUCCUCACGGACAUCGACUUCCUGCCCAUGCACGGCCUCUACGAGUACCUCAAGCGCUCCGUCUUUGCCCUGGGGCUGGAGUCCGCACGCAAGGCCCUGAUUGUGCCCGCGUUCGAGACCCAGCGCUACCGGCUGAGCUUCCCCAAGUCCAAGGCGGAGCUGCUCUCCAUGCUGGACAUGGGGACCCUCUUCACCUUCAGGUACCACGUGUGGCAGAAGGGGCACGCCCCGACCAACUUUGCCAAGUGGCGCACGGCCACCACGCCGUACCGGGUCGCCUGGGAGGCCAACUUCGAGCCCUACGUCGUCGUCAAGCGCGACGUGCCGGAGUACGACAGGCGCUUCGUGGGCUUCGGCUGGAACAAGGUGUCGCACAUCAUGGAGCUGCACGCUCAGGGCUACGAGUUUGUGGUGCUCCCCAACGGCUUCAUGGUGCACAUGCCGCACGCCCCGUCGCUGGACAUUGCCCGCUUCCGGUCAAGCAGCCAGUACCGCAAGUGCCUCUCGCUGCUCAAGGGCGAGUUUGCCAGGGACCUCUCGCUGCGCUACGGAAGGACGUUCCCCGCCUCCGGCGACAGGCGCAGGUGAUGCGCCGAGUGGCCGCCGCCGUCGACGACUCUGCCGUGGGCGGGAACCUGCCUCGGACGACGAGAGAUCUUGCGGCGGUUGGCGUCCUCUCGAGGCCGGUUCGCAGAGUUCCGUUUGAGUGCCCUCGAGUACGUUGCAUUCUCCCUUAGUCGCUCGCAACGGGACUUGUCAAACUUCAGUUUCGAGGGACGCCUAUCAAACGACGCUCUCAUUUGUCCUUUCUUUGUGCUGUGCUCAUUUUUUUGCGCCGUUGAGGCUAAUGGGAAUUCGCAACUUGCCCGACCUUGAACCCUUAAAAAGAUGUAUGCCUGUCAAAAAUGUUUCAGAACUGGUGGCGCCAGUGUGCAAGUGCGUUCUCUGGUAAGCAGUUACAAGCGAACGCGACGCACCUGAGCGCACUGGGAUGCAAAAGUGUGAAUUGGCCUUUGAGUGGGGUCGAGUGUCACUAGCGAUGCUGCCGUGAAGCUGGGGCCAGUCGCUGUUCCCUCUUGAAAACUUUGGAAUCUUCACGAGUCGACCCGUCGUUUUUCGGUGAAAUUCCGAGCUGCGCGAAGUUCCAGCGACUAGCAUUUGCGAGCGUAUUUAGUGCUGGCGUCUGGCAACCGAUACUAGCGGUACUUUGAAUGAAUGCCCGGAUGGUUGAAGGUGACCGUUACCAGCGAAGUGCGACUGGUGGCCGUUGUUGGUCGCGCUCGUUGGAUGAGAGGGUGGCCUGUGCAUCGUGAUCCUCCAUCAUUAUCGGCCCAUACAAACUGUCAAGGUCGUGAGAUUUUUCCCGUAUCAAAAACAGUGGGAGGAAUACCACAAUGCUUAGUGUGGUUUGUCCAAAGUGAGCGUAAGCUAUGCUCGCCCAAUUCGGAAAUAUUUCCAUUGGGGAUCGUCACGUGUGGGGCAAAGCCUCGACCCUUCCGGGCAGUCUAACUUUGAAUACGGUAAAGCCGCGGAGGUGCUCGACUAGAUUUCAUCCCAGUUAAUGUUUCACCGUGAGAGCUGACAUAUAGAAGGGAACUUGGCCGUAUUCACCGCUAAUUAAAAUGUGUCGUGGCUAGUUAAUUAGGUCCUUUCGCUAGCUCUUUCAAGCAACUCGAUUGAGGAUUUCAGGGGUUUUGACUUUUUUGCCUGCCAUAGAGGGGGGGAACCAUAGGCCUAGAUAUUUUUGCCCCCCUAUAAUCGAAAGGCGAGGUAAUUUUUCGUUGGAUUUUUGACGGAGGUAUCGAAGGACGAUUGUAUGUUACGACGGCAUUUCCCUUCUCGUCUCGGGACCAGAAAUGCGUCGCACGACACGUCCAGUGGGCCCCGUGCCCCUCCCCCCCCCCCCCUCCACCUAUUUUAGCCAGAGAUUCUUCGUUGCCAUUGCUAGCUUUUGAAAUUGGAGCACCUUGCAUUACAGCGUUCAUCCAAGACUUAGUUGCUGGACACUGCACCACGUGCGAAAUGAGGUUCAUCAAAUUAUAUAAUGAGCAGAGCACCUUCUGUCAAAGCUUCGCAGGUAGAAAUCCUUCUGGUAUAGGCUUUACGGGUGGUAUACUGCCUUCGGUCAAAGGUUUUAGAAAGGAACGCUUGGCAUAUCACUCGCUACUGCCACAUUCUUACGAGGUGCCAACACCCCUCCCAGGCCCGAGACGGCGUCUCUUUUUACUUUUGCGAUAGUGGUCUUCGUUAGUGGUCGUGGUGCAGAAACUAGGAUAGUGAACGUCCGUACUGUGCGAGGUGAUGUGUACAGAGAUGCGACAACUCGUUCGGCAGCGUGCCAUUUUGUCUAUAGCUCCGUCGUCGCUCUUUCACAAGGGGAACUCUGGUCUUUCAGGAAAGGUGGGAACGCAGAAUGACUGUGGCGAGGAGGGGUGCAGGGGCAAAAAAACCGAAAUUUGGUUUUGUACUGGUCUUUGUUUACAAUUUUUAUUCUUGCCCGGUAGAAUGAGUCGAAUUAACAACUUUCAGAGGGUCCUUCUAAAAGCCACACCCGUGUAGAUGCUAAUGGAGCAGCCGUCAGCCUUUGCUGCCUGUUUGUUCCACGGCUCCUUGUAAACUGCAGGGACCAAAAAGGGCUUUUUGUUUCUGUUUUUAUUCUAGAUUUGGGAGAGUUAUCACUCAUUUUUUAUCAAAGCAUUGAAAUCCUGGGUUAGUUUCUUGGCAAUAGCGAUAUGACCAGCCUGUCUUGUUAGGCCUCCACUGCUGGCAUGCAUUGUGGGAAUUGUAGUCUUUCUGCACGAGGGACAACCCCACUGCGGGUCUGCACAAGCCGAGCACGAGACUGUACGAGCAGUCUCUUAUCCCGCCGCCUCCAUCCUCUGGACUACACUUAUGGCGGUGCUUGGGGACAUCAGUCUAUUCUUACGGGGGCACUAAACCAAUUUCUGCGAUGGUCUGUUUAUGGUCAUAAAUCGACCAGUGGGCUCCAAGCAUCCUAAAGAGAGAAAAAAAAAGGUUACAUUUGUCCGUAGCCAAUUUUUCUAUUAAAAGUUGGUCAAAGAUUGAUUGCCUCGGAACUGUCGCAGACACCUGAGGGUUCUGUUGGACGAAGGAAAGCCCUUCUCUUUGUCCCAAAGUUUGGUGGUAUUCAACCUUUGACACGGAUUUUAAUAGAAAAAUCAGCCACGCAUGAAUGUUAUGGUUGGUAUUUUAGGAUGCUCGGAGCCACUGACUUAUGAGCGUAAACGGCCUAUCGCAGAAAGCGGUCUAGUGCCCCUCAAGUGUUGCCAAUUUAGACUGGGAAUCUGUUAUUCCGAUGAUUAGGUCGCGCCCGAGGCUCCUUGAUACUAUGUGCCUAGAUUGCCCUGUCAGCCAGUAUUCUAAGCAAUGCAGAGCUGAUUUGUAGUGCCGUUUGUACAGUAUGAAGUCGGUUGUCGAGAUUUACGAGGCCAUGUUUCACGGAAGUGGGUGAGGUAGAAAAGACUAGCGUAGAAAGGAAACGUGCAGGUGUAUGUAGGUCAUGCAUGGUGUCGAUAUGUAAAUAUUUUGUAUGAAUUUUAAGUGCAACUUUGUAACAUAUAUAUUUAUCGAGCUUUCUGUUGCGCGAGUUAAUUUCAGUUAGUAGCUAGGACAUGGUUCUGAUAGUAAAUAUAGGCAAAAACAAGAAAUGGCAUUGGUUUGUCUGUGCUUGGAACGUGAUGAUGGAUAACAGAGAUAUUCUCGGAUGAUUGUUAGUUUUCGGUAACUUAUACGCUCGUAACUACUUCAAAAAUUGUUUGCUCGCGCACUUUACUGUAGACACGACAGAGGCUGACUUGUACGCUGCAUAAGUUUUCCACUUAUUUCCCGUUAAUUUGAAUACACUAGGUGCAAGCUUAGGAAGGUUUUCCCUCAUUUAUUCUGACGCUGCAGUAUUAGGUUCUUUUAUUGUGUUCAUCAUAUGAAACUUGCAUACCCCCAAAACUCUUCUAAGCCUAGCAAUAGACCCUUUGCAAAACAUACAGCGCCACGACAGCAGAGAAUUUCGGGAACCCGCGGUACAGAUCAUGCAUUUUCUUGUUGCUCCUCCGCGACUGCGCGCGCGUCUCGACAGCUACCGCCAGCAGCCGUUGUAGCCAUCCGCUCCCGCCCAUCCGCCGCGUCGUAUGUCGUUGGCAGCGUACCGUAUCUGUGGCAGUGUAAAGGCAUCGCGACAGGUGAACUUGUUUGAAUACAUUAUUCGUCGUAACUUACCUUCACGUAUUAAGUGUCACCGAAUCCAUUUAGUUUGCACCGCAACCGUGGCAGGUGUCGAUCAGGUUUGACAAAGCGUUGGGGCAGCAGACGACAGAGCCGGUACAAAGGAGAGGGAUGAGAAAGGGGCAGCCGUUGGCUCGUCGCUCGUCCGACUCGGCUCUCGGCUGCUCAAAAGUUGCUGCCGUGGUAACCUGCACCUGCUCGCGUAUGCCACGUGGUCUCAUGGUAGCGGGAGGAGGGGCGUACCGAGGACUCCCAUUAUUCGUCGCGUGGCGCGCGCAGGCUUUUGGGAUUUUUGCAAUGGGUCUAUUGAAUCAUUGCCUUCUGAACUGCUAAACCCGGCACAGACAAGCUUCUGCAUGGGCAGAAAUAUGUAUGUUGCACAACGUUAUGAACGUGGGAAACUAGAGAAAUGACAACUUGCUGGGUUGGCUUUCCUCGAGCAGGGUGACUGCGCCCUUGGAGGGAGCUGCACGAUUGAUAGAUUAAUUGAUUGACGCAGUGUGCGAUCUCCUUUUGAGAUUUUAGCUCUCAAGCAACCUUCACCCUUAGGCUUUCCACUGUUAGUCUCUGAGGACAACUUGUGGCAAUGGAGCGUACCCAGAAAACAGAUUGCCCGAGCAAGGAAAAGCAUCCCAGUAGCUUUGUUAUCUGAUGCACGUUCGGAAACAACAUUAUAAACAUUCUUGCUUGUUUUACCAUGGACAAAGCAUUACCAAAGUUAUUCCUGUUGCAAUUGCAUGGGAAUGCUCAGGCUUGGCUUUGAAAGUAUAAUAUAUUUUAAGUAAGAAUAUUUCUGCGGUAGUAUUUGAAGCAUCUUUCGCAACUGACUCUGAACUUCUAUGGUUUUUUUGUGUUUUAUCGUUGCUUUAGCAGCAAAUUGUAAGCAGCUUUUUAUCUCAAGGUAUGGAUUUAGGUUCCUUGAAAGAGCGUCAUUUGCAGGGUAUUCACCACAAUCAUGAAUGCGCUAUAAUUUGUGAUUGUCACUCACUCAUUAGUCAUAUCUAGGGUGCUGUGUUUUGGGUAAAUACCAGUAGGCCCCAAAAGUUCAUCGCUGAGUCAGAUUCAUCAAACUCGGAAAAAACCAAAAAACCCAGAAUUCGGGCUGUCCUUGGUCAGCAUAAGCCCCGGUAAAUGUGGAUUUUUUGUCCCACACCGAAGAAUGACACUGAAAAACACCGAACGGGUCGAAAAUAACCCCUGAAAAUGCCCCCGAAUUCAAAGAAAAUGAACCCUGCAAACACAGACCCCUAAUCGUUUCCGAAUAAAUCACCAAAACAUUGUUUUUUUGUUUUUUUUUAUUUUGGUUGGUUAAAAUUUAUGGUUUACAAAGACUGUGGCUUCUGUUGUGAUUAUAAUGCAAUUAAAUGCAAAGGUGCAAGCGAGCUGGACAAGAAUGAUGAAAAUAAUCCCUGGAGAAGGGGAACAAUGAUGAUUUUGUAUUUGUAGUUCUGGCACUGCCAAUGUGUGAUCGGCCAACUGCAAGUUGUACCAUAGGGCAGGAACACAGUUUUCCUCCUGGCAACAGUAUUCCUCGAGAGGGUUUCCACGUUUUAUUUCUGUUGGGGAUACGGAGCCCCGCCCAUUUCUAUGAACUUCAGACGGCCUGUUGAAAGUCCUAGGCCAGUCUUACCAGCAGCAGUAUCGUGAAAAAUAAACUCGCUGCGAGAGUGUGCAAAUCUAUUUCCGAUUAAUACCUCGUGUGCUCCAUAAGUUAGACCGUUCUUGUGAAGAAUUGAUUCUAACACUUCUCCCUAUUUGGUUUUUUUUAUCGAUGACUAUACCGAGGAUGGUUUGUUUUAAUUAAUGUAGACUCAUUAAAAGAAGUGGGCCAACCAUUAUAUGAAUGCCAUCUUUGCUACAAACUUGCUUGGCCUGGCAGCUAUUUAAUAGUGUGAUAGCUAUAUUGAUCAGUUGGCUAAUGAUUCAAAUGUGUCUCUAAACUCUUUAAUGAACUGGAGACUCAUCUUUAAUUAGUCUUGAUAGUCAGUUUGACAGGGCAAAGACAAUUCCCAUGACGAAAGGGUACAUUCGACCAAUAAUUGGACAAAAACUUGUUCAGCAAUUAAUGCAUUACUAUUCAAUUAAUCGGUAAAGUAUUCAUUUAUUUUUAGAGCACUGCCUUGAACAAAGCUGCACUUGUAAAACAACCCCUAAAACCUCGUAUUAAAAAAAAGGAGGAAAUUAGACUUACUUAUGAUGCUUGUCUUACCAUAGAAUUUCUUCCCAGCUAUUUGAGGUCGUGGUGAAGAAAUGCAGCAUUUAGGUAAUGGUGAAUAUCUUCUUUUCUUUGUUAAUGUUUGGAUUAAAAGCAGACGCCCUGUGGUAUGCGACUUCUAUUACCCGGAUUUUGAAUCCCGGCACUGCCAAAGAAUUUGUCUUUAGGUAGCUUUGUUGUUCCGCUAGUGAGCACGUUGCAUUCAUCUUGAUUGUUUCGAUUAUUAUCUUUAUACAAUAUGUACUGGUUCUUUGUACUAAGUUUGUUUUGAACUUCCAGUUUUACUAUUGUAUUGUUUCUUUUGGUUAAGCUAUUUAUUUGGAAUGGAUGAAAUUUGAUAAGUUUGUUUAAUAUGGUCACUUGUUGGCCUUGUGGGUGCAAGAAUGUUAACUUAAUUUUUGUUUUCCAGCGGUUAAAUUAAUUUGUGUUCAUAUGCCAUAUUUUCUGUUAAUUUUGAUUUGAGGCUUGGUGUAGUGCGUGUCAAAAAAUCAAUGUACAGCUCUACUUCAAUGGAGUGCACUGUCAAGAUUUGACGGCAACUUUGGACCAACUUUACGCAUUGUGUGCAGCUUUCCUUUUGUGAAGUCAGGUGUUUCAGUUAAGCGAAUGUGGUUCUGCUAAUUUUUUUUAUGUUUGCAGCUAUUUAAAUAUUUUUCGAAGGGACAUCGUUUUGAGCUUAGUUUUAUUCUUAGACAAACAGCGGAGGUUUGACCAACAAUGCUGAUCAUUCUCUUCGGUGCCCUUUGAGCAUAAUCUGGUUACAACCAUCUAAUACUUCAUUUCUAGUCUGCAAAGAAUGUCAUACUUGUUUAUAGGAUAUAAUGCUAUUUUACAAGCAUUGGUGUUCCUUUUGCUGCAUUGUACAUAGCUUUUACUCCUUUGCUUUAAGCUCAAGCAUUCGUUUGAUGUGCACUGCAUUUACUGCGAGUCCCAUUUUCAUAAUUACAACUUACUUGACAUGAGUAGACAGAUGCUUCUCUUAUUUUCCAUAAAACUAGCGACCUACAGUAUUUUUUUUUUAGAAUGUGUUUUUUCAUGAGUUAAUUAUCUUUGUUUGCCAGCUUUCGAGCUUUGUAGCUACAGCUUUCGAUUGCGAUGGGCUUUGCAGCUAAAUUCUGCCUGCUCCAUAAACAUUCUCACUUCGGGUGAGAGCUUGCAACAGAUUGUUCUACUUGUCAAACCAUAUUUGGUAAUGGAUAUUGCGUGCUUGCCCUUCUAUCUAAUAAGGAGGUAAUAAAUCAACAGAUGCGAGAGAAACAUGAUUGAUUAUUCCAAGCACGCACUGCAUGCUGAUAUUGCGCAUAUAUAAAGUGAAAGACUGAUGUGCAAAGACUAUGCUCCGUCUGAGCUUCGUUUCAAGCGUGGCAGCGACCUUAAUCAAGCUGUACAUAGCACCGUCGAUGCUGGAGCGGCAAUGUUUAUUCUGAAUAAAGGAUGUUGUCAUAUGAAAA